AUGGAAGAACCAGGAUAUUCUCGUUCUUGGUUUCAUGGCGUGUUCAUAUCAUCGAUUGAAGAAUCCACAAGCAAGAGCUUCACGGACCUCCUCUACACUGCUCUGGUGCAAGCCAAGGUACGCACCUUCAGAAAUGGAGAAAUCGGCUCAGAACGACUGAAAGCCCUUGAAAAAUCAAAGGUUGCAAUCAUCAUUUUCUCGGUGAGCUAUGUAUGUUCUACAUGGUACUUGGAUGAAUUGGCCAAAAUCCUUGAAUACAGGAAUACGAUCGGCCAGACCAUUCUUCCGAUAUUUUAUGAUGUGGAUCCAUCUGAUGUUAGAAAACAGAAAGGGAGUUUAGCAGAAGCAUUUGCAGAAUUUGAAGAAAGUUUCCAGUUGGACACAGGGAAGGUACAAAGGUGGAGAGAAGCUCUUACUUUUGUAGCAAAUCUGUCCGGAUGGGAUUUACGAUUUGUAGCCCAUGGGCAUUAUUCCAAGUUUAUAGAGAAAAUUAUUGAAGAAGUUGUGGCUAGAUUGAAUCAAAAGCAGUUGGAUGUUGAUACCGACUUAGUUGGCAUGGAUUCUCAUGUAGAAAAAGUUAGUUCGUUGUUAAGUAUUGGAUCAGGUGAUACCCGCAUUAUUGGAAUUUGUGGUGUGGGUGGAAUCGGUAAAACAAGCAUUGUUAAGGCUGUUUAUAACUUGAUCUUUCACAGAUUUGCUGGUAGUAGCUUUCUUGCAAAUGUUAGAGAAGUUUCAGAACAGCCCAAUGGUUUAAUUCGUUUGCAAGAACAAUUUAUCUCUGAUGUCUUGAUGAAAAAAAACAUUAGGAUAAGUAAUGUUGAUAGGGGAAUCAUGUUGAUUCAGAAAAGACUACAAAAUAAAAAAGUUCUUGUCAUUCUCGACGAUGUUGAUCAAUUGAAUCAAAUAAAUGCAUUAGUCAGAAAGCGUGCUUGGUUUGGUGCGGGAAGUAGAAUCAUCAUUACUACCCGAGAUGAACACCUACUAAAUGUGUUAGAAGCAGAUGAAGUGUAUAAUGUUGAAGAACUGAAUACCAUUGAGUCUCUUCAGCUUUUCAGUUGGAAUGCUUUUAGAACAAAACGGCCGGUAGAAGAUUAUGUCGGGAUUUCACUUGAAGUGGUAGAUUACGUUGGAGGGAUCCCAUUAGCUCUAAAGAUUUUGGGUUCUUAUCUAUUUGGCAGAAGUAAACAAGAAUGGAGAACUGCAAUAGAGAAAAUAAAGGGAAUUCCGAAAAAUGAAAUCCAAGAAAAACUUCGAAUAAGUUUUGAUGCACUAGAUGAUACAGAAAAGGACAUAUUCCUUGAUGUUGCAUGUUUCUUUGUUGAAAUGAACAAAGAUGAUGUGAUAAGAAUACUAGAGGGUUGUGGUUUCUUUGCAGAAAUUGGAAUCAAUGAUCUCAUUCAUCGAUCUCUUAUAGAAAUCACUGUAAACAAUGGGCUUUGGAUGCAUAGUGUACUAUGA